UGGGACUGUUACGCCGCCAGAUACAACGAUUAAUGGCCAAUCUACUGUUGGAAACUCAACGUACACCACUGAUAAUCACGGAUUUGCUUUUUUACUAACUACUUCUAAUUCAGUCGCUGUUGACAAUUGUCUUUUGUGUCCAUCAAUAAGCUAUCUUAAUGCAAGUCUUAAAAGUGACACUUACACCCUUGGAUUCGCUAAUCACAAUAAUGUAGACUACUAUCUUUCUAUUUCAUUAAAAUUAAGUCCUUCGGUAACAAGUCCUUCGGUAACAAGCCCUUCGGCAACAAGUCCUUCGGUAACAAGUCCUUCGGUAACAAGUCCAUCACCCAAUAAUACAUUUCUUACCAU